GCAACUCCCUGUACUUUUCAAGCUCAUAUCACAUUACCAACAUGUCCAACUACGAUCAGAAAGACCCCGGCAACGUUGCUCGCGGCUUGAAGGCAGCUAUCAACAACCCUAACGUCUCCGAGGAAGCCAAGCAGCGCGACAUUCAGAAGCUUCAGGAGAUGGGUUACGAUGCGCCUGGCGGGAACUCAGGAUCCAGUAACGAUGCUGGUGAUCAUGACGGACUUUCGACUCGCCAGCGAGCUGGUUACAAGGCUACUUUGAAGAAUGACAAUGUCUCUGAGGAAGCCAAGCAACAUGCUCGAGAGGUUCUCGGUCAAGAAUCUGGCAACAGCGGGGGUACCCAGAACACCCGAGUGCUAGCCGGAUACAAGGCCACCUUGUCCAAUCCCAGAACCUCGGAGGCUGCCAAGCAACAUGCAGCUGAGGUUCUUGAAGAGAACGGCGCUUAAUCGGUUGCUCGCCGUGAAAUUGAAGAAGCAUCCUGUAGUAUAAUGUAUAGUAUAGCUGCCCCCAUUGUUCCUCUUAUAGUCGAGAAUCUGUAAUACCAUUCAUCUGUCCUUCU